AUAUUAAAUUGAAAUUUUAUCAUUCUUACUAUUAACCUUGUAAUUAAUGGGCUGUACUGUAUGGAACAUAACAAUAGAAUGGUUAAUGGUGUGGCUGUGGCUGUGGCACCAAAGUUGUUAGUGAUGUGCAGAAUCAGAAUCUACAAGUUUCAUGGAUUUAUCAGAAUCCUUGUUCCUUCUCCUUCCACCAGAGCCAUGCAUUCCCUUAAUCAAAGCAAACCCAUGAAGAAAGCCGAGAAAUUGAAACUGAAGGAUGAGCCGAGAGAGUAUAUGAGGAACGUAAUUGGGAAAAUUUACAACAUGCUAAAGUAUUCAAGCUGGGAAAGCGCUGAGCAAGAUCUCAAUAAUCUGUCUAUGAAGUGGGACUCUUACACGGUGAACCAGGUUCUCAAGUCCCACCCUCCAAUGGAGAAAGCCUGGUUGUUCUUCAACUGGGUCUCUUCCCUCAGAGGCUUCAAGCACGACCACUAUACUUACACUACCAUGCUUGAUAUUUUCGGAGAAGCUGGCAGAGUCUCUUCCAUGAAGCACCUUUUCCAGCAGAUGCAGGAGAAGGGGAUCAAGCUUGAUUCUGUUACCUACACUUCCAUGAUGCAUUGGCUUUCCAGUUCCGGUAACUUCGAUGAGGCUAUGCAAAUGUGGGACCAAAUGAAAUCCAAGGGCUUUCACCCCACCGUUGUCUCUUACACCGCUUAUAUCAAGAUUCUCUUUCACAAUCAAAGAGUCAAAGAGGCCACUCGUGCUUACAAGGAGAUGAUUAGCUCCCGUGUUGCUCCAAAUUGCCACACUUACACCGUUCUAAUGGACUAUCUUAUUGGGUCUGGACAAUACAAAGAGGCCCUGGAGAUUUUUGAAAAGAUGCAAGAGGCUGGGGCGCAACCUGAUAAAGCUGCAUGCAAUAUUUUGAUUGAGAGGUGUUCUAAAGUUGGUGGGACUGAGUUCAUGACCCAUAUCCUUCAGUACAUGAAAGAAAACCGUCUAGUUCUUCGCUACCCUGUUUUUGUUAAAGCAUUGGAAGCUUUAAAAAUUGCUGGUGAGAGUGAUACCCUUCUAAGGCAAGUCAAUCCACAAUUUUAUAUGGAUUGUAUCAUAAGAAAGAAAGCAAGUAAUACUAUCACGGUUGCUGCAGAUUGUCCUACUAAUAUAGAUAAAGAACUUCUAUUUGUUCUCUUGAAAAAUAGAAAUGUUGUUGCUAUUGACCAUUUACUUACAGGGAUGAUGGAUAAGAAAAUAUCUUUAGAUCAUAAGGUUGUCUCAACCAUUAUUGAGGUAAAUUGUAGUCAUUGCCGACCUGAAGGUGCUUUGUUGGCUUUCAAGUACAGUGUUACAAUGGGAAUAAGUAUCGAGAGAACAGGAUAUCUUUCCUUAAUAGGCUUGUUGAUCAGAUCAAAUAUGUUUUCAAAGCUGGCGGAAAUUGUUGAGAAAAUGACUAGAGCUGGGCAUUCUCUUGGAAUCUAUCUGGCUUCACUUUUGAUCUUUAGGCUUGGUUGUGCUAGGAAGCACACUUUGGCCAUGAAGAUUUUCAACUUAUUACCUGAUAACCAUAAGUGCAGUGCUACCUAUACUGCUUUAAUUAGUGUUUACUUCUCUGUUAGAAGAGUUAACGAGGCACUUGAGAUAUACAAAAUCAUGUGCAGCAAAGGAUUUUGUCCUGUGUUAGGUACUUAUGAUGUACUAAUAGCUGGUUUGGAAAGAAAUGGUAAAUACGCUGAAGCAGAACAUUAUAGGAAAGCAAAGAAGAGGAAGAGCUUACGUGCCAAUAGUGGUUCUCAGGAAAGUGUUUGCAUAGAGGGGAAGAUAUGCAAUCUUCUGUUUUCUGUUGAUGUAGUACUUUGAUUUUGGAACUCUGGGAGUUUUCAUAUUUUAUUCAAGCUGAGGGCAUGCUUGAAUAGUGAGUGGGGGUAAGCUGGCUGCAGCAUGGCACUUGCUGCAUAUCUAUCUAUAAAUAAACAGAUAUUUUGAUCCAAGAUGCCGUUAAUUAGAGAUGCCAACAAGGUCUAACUCUCAUGUGUCAUCCUGUAGACAAUGCUACCAGUGUGGAAUGGAUGAACUCCAGCGUUCUUAAGGCAACCAUAUGAUGCACAAAACAAGUUUUAACUUUGCCAAGUGUGUUCACAUGCAGAUGGUCAUGAUUUUGUUGUCCUAGUAAAAGACGGACAGGAUGGGUGAUUGAUAGAAUCUGGGAUGGCAGCUAUAUACACCUACUGAAAUGUCCCUAUAUUAAGCAUGAUUGCUUUGCAAGUUAUCUCUUUCCCUUCUUAAGUAUCUCCGGUGAUUUGUAGACGAAGUCUAAUUUAUAUUUAUAUUGUAUAUAAAAGGAAUUGUUUAAUAUUUUUGUCACAA